AUGCUUCCGAUGUGGUCGUCUGUUCCCGAGCUACCCAACAACUCUCAAGCAGGUGGAGAUGUAUCAGCAGUUCCCGAGUCCCGCCCUCGACAACGGGUGCCCCACACAGGGGAGCGAUUCCGCGGUAUUCUGGAGGACAGCAAGCGAGGAGUCUAUAAAGUUGUACGAUAUCCUAUUCCAGGACAAUCGUUAUGUUACAUGUUUGAGCACCUUCGGACAACAACGGAUGGACGGGUCGUGUACCGGUGCACAGGAUGCAGGAAAGAAGGGAAGACCGUUCUGGAUGGGUGCGACCUCGUGGGAGAUCCCGUCCAUCUCCCGCAUGUGUGCCGGCCAUGGAAAAAUGCACAGGAAAGGGCGUGCCAUGAGCUCCCCAAGGAUCCCCGCAAUGCCAAUUUGAAGCCGAGACAGGUAUACCAAAAGAUCGCGAACCAAGUAUUUGAAAGUGAAAUGGAGCGGGACGACAUGCUCCAUUACUUCUACAGGAACGGAUACGAAUCACGCCGGCGCGUGAUUGCGAGAGCGUGCCGAUGCGGGUUGAAGGCUUUGGUGGCGGAUGGUGUGCAUGACCUGCAACCUAGCGUCACCAAUAAAGCAGGACAAGUGUAUAUCAUCCACGGAGUAGUGGCGAACUCCGUGGAUAUGUCGCUGCUCUACGCCAUCACAUUAAGGAAGAACGAGCAGACGUAUGACACGAUUUUUGGAAUGAUGAAGGAUGCCAUCGCCGCCGCAGGAGGAGCUCAGGAUUUGCGGAUCGUUGUGGACUUCGAAAAAGCCGCUAUUAAUGCGGCGAAGAGGGCCUUCCCAAGUGCAUCUGUAGAGGGGUGUGCUUUUCAUUUAGCUCAGGCUUGGAAUAGAAAAAGAGAUGCACUUGGGUUGCGCUCACAGGUAAGAGGGAACCUGCGGUGUGCACUUAUAAAGCAGUGGUGGGAAACCAUCAAGGGGAACCAUGCGGCAUACAUUAAAUGCCGCAUGUUCUUGGACUAUUUGAAAAAGAAUUGGUAUAAAGGUAUUUUCAGGAAAAUGUGGAACAAGUGGAACAAAUCGGACCUAAGGACCAGUAACAUUGCAGAAACGUUCAACAAGGUACUAGGAGAUCUCUUUGGAGGAACGAAGUAUCCGCGAAUGAGUGAGCUCAUACGUGUGCUGCAGGGCUGCGCCGUCAAUGCAAGAGGAGCUAUUAUAGACGUCGAAAGGAGGCCUGCUGAACCGAAGAAGCUGCGGAAGAAGGACAGGGAUCGCCGGUACCUGAUCAACAGGGAGAUGCACCGCUUCAAGAGGGUGCUACGUCGAGAUAUGAGAUGGAUACGCACGUCAACGAUCACCGCGUAUUGUCGGCGGAUGUCACGUUACGUUACGGAGAAAGUUUUUAAUGGGUAUGACUAA